UAUUUUAAGCUAAGGGAAAGGGAAAAUUAAAUGAUUUCAUUUUCUUUUUUGCUUGAGUUGAGUUCUAUCUUUUCUCAACAAAAACCAAGACUGAAAUGAAACAGAAAUAGCCUCUUGUUUUCUCCUUCUCUUCUCUCUCUACAAAAUUCUCUCUCUCUCGUCCUUUUGCCCUUUAACGCCUUUUAAGCUAAUAUCUGUCUCUUAUGGCAUUUCGUUUCUCUUCAUUUCCUCCAGGUUAAGCUCGAUUGUUCCUGAAUUAGAAAUAAUACCUUAAAUGUCAACAUAAUAGAGGUGAAGGGUAGGCUUGUCAUCUGCUAUAAUAAACACCAAAAACUGUUGUUCCUGCUGUUUUUAUCUUGUUUUCUAAUCUUGAUUCAAGAGAUAAGAGGUGGGCUACCUGAAAUUUCUAGCAAGAAUAUGGGUUACCUCAAUUCAGUCCUGUCAUCUUCAAACCAGGUUCAUGCUGAUGAUGCGCCAGUCAGCGGUGGUGGUCUCAGUCAGAACGGAAAAUUCAGCUAUGGAUAUGCAAGCUCUCCUGGGAAAAGAUCUUCCAUGGAAGAUUUUUAUGAGACAAGAAUUGAUGGUGUUAAUGGAGAGAUAGUUGGCCUGUUUGGAGUCUUUGAUGGCCAUGGAGGUGCACGUGCUGCUGAAUAUGUGAAACAAAACCUUUUCAGUAAUCUGAUCAGCCAUCCAAAGUUCAUCUCUGAUACAAGAUCAGCUAUAGCUGAUGCAUACAAUCACACAGACUCAGAAUUUCUGAAAUCAGAAAAUAAUCAGAACAGAGAUGCUGGAUCAACUGCUUCCACAGCCAUUCUUGUUGGUGAUCGUUUACUUGUUGCUAAUGUUGGAGAUUCUAGAGCUGUCAUAUGCCGAGGUGGCAAUGCUAUUGCUGUUUCUCGAGAUCACAAGCCAGACCAAACUGAUGAGCGGCAACGAAUUGAGGAUGCUGGAGGGUUUGUGAUGUGGGCAGGAACUUGGAGAGUUGGUGGAGUUCUUGCUGUCUCUCGUGCAUUUGGUGAUAGGCUCUUGAAGCAGUAUGUUGUUGCUGAUCCUGAAAUUCAGGAGGAAAAGAUUGACAGCUCGCUUGAGUUUCUUAUCCUUGCAAGUGAUGGAUUAUGGGAUGUUGUCUCCAAUGAGGAAGCUGUUGAAAUGACCAAGCCAAUUGAGGACCCAGAGCAGGCAGCAAAGAGGUUAUUGCAGGAGGCAUACCAGAGAGGCAGUGCAGACAAUAUUACCUGUGUUGUUGUCCGCUUCUUGGUCAAUCAAGGUGCUACUUCUCAUGGUACCAUCGGUGUUACUUCUGUGUGAGCAUGCAGUACUGUUGCUGUGCUAAGGGUUUAGUUUUGCAGCUAAUGGUAGAAUUGUGAGGUGGAUAGCUAGUCAGGGAAGCACAACAGUGGCAUCCUUUGGUGCUAGGAUAGAAAGGUGGACAAACUCAAUAGGCUGUUAAUGAGUAUGACAUUACACAUUUCAGCCUCUAGAAUAGAACCAUAUGAGUCUAGUUUAUAUACUUGGGUCUUGAAUUAGCUAGAAAUGUGCACUUAUUAAUCUGUAAACUGUAAAGAGUCUGGAAACUUAUCUGUGUGUUGUAAUUUGUAAAUGUGAUUUAAACUUACUUUUGUUGCUUUUGUUCGGUA